UAAUUAGCAACGAGAGCACUCAAAACGCUUACUUAUCGGGACUAAUUUCAGUAAUUUCCUUAACCUUUUUCUAACUUCACAAACUUAGAUUUCUUUCCAUUGUAAUUUGUAAUGUUAAGACGAUUAUAAAAAACAGUAAAUUUUAGGCUAUUUAAACCCGUUUAUUGCUUACUCCACAGUAAAUUCCGCAAUAAUUGAACCAUAUUAAUGGCUCAAGUUGCAAAGGAGUGAAGGAUAAAAGCAACUUAAGAAAAAGUAUGCUGAAUGUACAUAUUUACAUGAAUUGCAGUAUCUGACUAGCCAGUCCAUCCCAGUGUAAACUAAUUACGGGAAAUUGUGUGACGAGUCGUGAAAUAGCAUUUUUCUCAAUUUAUUUCUUUAGUUGCUAUAAUCUCAUCGCACCGAACACUUUGUUCACGAUACAUAAUUUCCAAUAAAUUAUGGAACCCGCUACCAAACCUUUCUCUCGCUCAUCUCUCGAGACCAAUUUAAUAUCUAUAAUCUCUCUCGGAAGCAGAAUAUCUCAAUUUAUCGGAUACUUUCCCAUGUCCAUCUCUAAAACUAAUGAUGGCACGAAAUUUACAUUUUCCUGGGCCACCCUCCCCAUAUUUUCCAGCCUGGCAGUUCUCGCCUUUCAAAUUUUCCUUAUCGCCCACUACUUCUCAUUUGGAGGGAAGAUAACCACCAUGUACAACCUGACUCGGUCCACGGAACAACUCGCCUUCAACGUGACCGGCGUUCUAAUCUGUUUUCAGGUCAUGUUUAAAAUAUCCGUCCAUCUUCUCAACGCGAAACGAAUGUUGUCUUACUGGGAUUCGUUGGUAACGGAUUUUAACCAAAUUUCUAGCAGUGAUAUUUCCGGGAACUUUGUCAUCAGUCUCGAACCUUGGGCGAAACAUGGCCAAAUUUUUAGAUCUCUGCGCGCCUCAGUGAGACACACCGUACUUGGAAGUCUUGCCCUCAUCUUUACCUUAAUUGCCCACAUUUUCACCAUGUUUUGCAUAUUACAUACAUUUUUUAAAGAUAAGCUACCAGGUGGAUUUACCUUUCAGGAACGUGCUACCGGGAUGUUAGCCGUGGUUGCGUGGAAUAUUAUGGGGUCGCUUAACGUAUUUCAGUCGAUCUGGAUUACGUUUCCGAUUCAAGUUAUGAACGCCUGUUUAGAAAUGAUUGUGACAGAGCUUUCAGAGUUUAAUGAGUCAGAAAAAUUAAGGAAAGGAGGAGGAGAUUUGUUUCUUACUAGAAUAUCGCCUCUUUUAAAGGAGAAAAACAAUUCAAUUGUUAAAGUGACUAAAUUUCUGGACGAGGAAAAGCUGCACCUCUGUAUUUUGAAUUAUCACCGGGUAGUUCAAAUAUUGAGAAAACACGAAUCUGUUGUCGGGAACGGGAUAGCAUUUGAAGUUGGGUACAAUUCCUUGUUAAUUUUGGCAUAUUUGUUUAUUGGGAUCAUUUGGGCGGCGUCAGGCCAAUUUGUCACCGGACUUUCGAGACUUAUUCCAAUUAUACUUUGCGCCAAAAUUAUGUAUCACUUGGGAACUGAAGCGGGAAAAUUGGACAGUAAUCGGAAGGCCGUGCUGAGAGUGAUGUGCCGAAUGCGGAAAAGUUGGAUGAGUGGAGACACGAAAGAUGCCGUUUUUGGAAUGAUACAUGAGUUAUCUGGAGAUAAGUUGAAGUUUCAGGCGGGUGAAUAUUUCGCGCUGAAUAGGCGGCUGUUAACAUCGAUUUUCUCUGCGGUUCUUACAUUUCUCGUGGUUCUUGUACAGUUUCGAGAUGGGGAACGCAAAUAGAUAUUUAGAAAGUGGGUAGUUCACCUGGAAAUGAAAUCAAGGAUUCUUGGUU